UCCCUAUAUCGAAAGAUGGAGAUGGAAGGAGCAAACCUUGGAGGUUCUUUGCUGGUGCCGAACGUUCAAGAGCUAGUUAGGAAAGAACUGCACAUGAAACAAGUUCCGGCUAGGUACAUUCAAGACGAUGAUGAUAUUGCAGUACCGACCAUUAUUGUCGAUUCUUCCACUUUACUCGAUCAAAUCCCUGUCAUCGACUUGCAUGUUCUGCUUUUCUCUUCAGAUCAUGAUAUGUUCCAAUCCCAACUCCACAAAUUGGACGAUGCCUGCAAAAAUUGGGGAUUCUUUCAUCUGAUUAAUCAUGGCGUAAGCACUUCACUAGUGAACAAAAUGAAAUCAGAAAUAGAACAAAUCUUCAAUAUUCCAAUAGAGGAGAAGAUGAAACUCGACCAAGAACCAGUGGAUCUAGAAGGGUUUGGACAGGCUUUUGUUGUCUCCGACCAGCAGAAGCUCGACUGGUCCGACAUGUUCUACUUGGUCACUCUGCCUCUUCAUUUAAGGAAACCCCGUCUUUGGCAAAACCUCCCACUUUCUUUCAGAGAAACACUAAAAGAAUAUUCAUCAGAGCUACAUAAACUAAGCAUGAAGAUAUUAAACCUUAUGGCAAAAGCACUAAACAUAGAUGAAGAUGAAAUGAGUGAUUUAUUUGAGAAAGGAAUGCAAUCUAUGAGGAUGAAUUAUUAUCCACCUUGCCCACAACCGGAUCUGGUCGUCGGUCUUACUCCACACUCCGACGGAGGUGGCCUCACUAUCCUGCUCCAGGUCAGUGAAGUUGAUGGUUUACAAAUACAACAUAAUGGGUCGUGGAUUCCAAUCAAACCACUUCCCGAUGCUUUCAUUGUGAAUAUUGGCGAUGUUUUAGAGAUAUUUAGCAACGGAAUAUACAAGAGCAUUGAGCAUAGGGCGGUUGUUCAUUCAGAAGUAGAGAGGAUGUCUAUAGCUGGAUUUCUAUCCCCAAGAUUGGACGGGGAACUUGGCCCAGCCAAAAGCUUAACAUGCCCUAAAACUCGAAUGCCGCCACAGUUUGGCACGCUAAGUGUAAAAGAUUUCUUCAAGGGACUUUUUGAGCGUAAACUCGACGGGAAAUCUUAUUUGCAACGUCUUAGAAUCAACGGAAACUGGAUGGAAGGGGCGAAGCUCGGAGGGUCUUUGCCGGUGCCGAACGUUCAAGAGCUAGUUAGGAAAGAACCGCACAUGAAACAAGUUCCUGCCAGGUACAUACGCCGUCUUGAUCUUCAUCAAGAUGAUAUUGCACCGCCCAAUACUGUCGAUUCUUCCAGUUUACUGGAUCAAGUCCCUGUCAUCGACUUGCAUCCUCUGCUUUUCUCUCCAGAUCAUGAUUUGUUCCAAUCUGAACUCCACAAAUUAGAAGAUGCCUGCAAAAAUUGGGGCUUCUUUCAUUUGGUUAAUCAUGGUGUAAACACUUCACUGGUGAAGCAAAUGAAAUCAGAAAUAGAACAAUUCUUCGAUUCUCCCAUGGAGGAGAAGAUGAAACUCGACCAAGAAACAGGGGAUUUAGAAGGGUUUGGACAAGCUUUUGUUGUCUCCGACCAGCAGAAGCUCGACUGGUGCGACAUGUUGUACUUGGUUACACUUCCUCUUCAUUUGAGAAAACCUCGUCUUUGGCAAAACCUCCCACUUUCUUUCAGAGAAACAAUACAACAAUAUUCAUCAGAUGUAUACAAACUGAGCAUGAAGAUGUUAAACCUUAUCGCAAAAUCGAUAAACAUAGAUGAGGAGGAAAUGCGGGAUUUGUUUGAAGAAGGGAAGCAAGCCAUGAGAAUGAAUUAUUAUCCAUCUUGCCCACAACCAGACCUUGUUAAUGGUCUAACUCCACACUCAGACCCAAGUGGCCUCACCAUCCUGCUUCAGGUCAACCAUGUUGAUGGUUUGGAAAUACAGAAGAAUGGAUCAUGGAUUCCUAUCAAACCACUUCCAGAUUCAUUUAUUGUAAAUAUUGGUGAUACUUUAGAGAUAUUUAGCAAUGGAAUAUACAAGAGCAUUGAGCAUAGGGCGAUUGUUCAUUCGAAAAUGGAAAGGAUGUCUAUAGCCACGUUUACCUCCCCGAGAAUGGACGGGGAAAUAGGUCCAGCCAAAAGUUUAACAUGCCCUGAAACUGGAACAGGAAUGUCGCCACAAUUCCGCACCACAACUGUAACUGAUUUCUUCAAGGGUUUUUUUGGGCGUGAACUUGACCGUAAAUCUAAUGUGGAACAGUGGAAGUAAUGAGAUUCGAGUCGCGAAGAAGGUGACCAGAAAGAGAGCUUAAACUAU